ACAGCGGGGGAUGGCCCCUUCACAGCCAGCCCUACUCUGAGAGCCACCACCCCCCAGGACUGUCCAGGCAAAAGGGCACUGGCAACAGCAGCUUUGGCGCAGCAUUUCAGGGCUUCACGGGAUUACUUAUUCACUGUGUUCCUGGAAGAGUUCCAGGCUUCCCUGCUCUGCCACCAGUGUACAAAUUCAUCAAGUACCCACAAGGCUCACAAUCCCCAGAGGCAAGAGCAGACUGUAGGAAGGUGAUUCACACUACAAAUCAGUGUCUCCGAAGGACCGGCAGGGCUCUGGGAAGACCGGACCGUGUCCUCAUCCCUUCUGCCUCCCUCACGCUCAUCAGGGUGAUUAAGGCAGCAGCCGCACUCUGGAUGGAUUUCAUUGCUGGGGCCAUCGGAGGUGGUCUAAGCACAGCUGUGGGUUAUCCACUGGACACAGUAAAGGUGAGAAUUCAGACUGAGAACCACUACAGAGGAUUUUGGCACUGUGUUCAGGAAACAUACAGGACAGAAAAGGUCCGGGGAUUUUACAAAGGUGUGACUGCAUCAGUCCUCGCUGUGUCUGUGGUUUCCUCUGUUUCCUUUGGCACGUACAAAAACUUCCUCGGUGCCAUCUGCAAGCUGCAAUACGGGGCUGCAGAUGCCAAGCCAUCCAAGCUGGAUGUUUCACUUGCUGGAGCUGCUGCCGGCGCUGCCCGGGUUGUGUUGACAAACCCUAGCGAAGUGGCUAAAGUUCGGAUGCAGACCCAGAGGAACCCACACCCUUCCAUCACACAUCAGCCCGCUCCCAAGCCAAAGUACCGAGGGUCUCUGCACUGCCUGAAGGUUAUCAUCAAGGAGGAAGGUUUUGGGGGUCUCUACAAGGGCUGUUCUGCAUUACUCUGCAGGGAUUGCUCUGCUUCUGCAAUAUAUUUCCUUUCCUAUUCUGCUCUGUGCGAGUGGCUCACACCAGAUGGGAGAAAUAAACCAGGUUUCCUCGUUGUGCUGCUUUCUGGUGGUUUUGCUGGAGUCCUGGCCUGGGGAUUACCUACUCCCAUGGAUGUCAUCAAGUCACGCAUGCAAACAGAUGAAUCAGACCAGCACAAGUACAAAGGCCUGAUCCACUGUGUGAGGGAAAGUGUGAGAAAGGAGGGGGUAAAAGUGCUUUUCAAAGGACUGGGUUUAAACUGCAUUCGUGCCUUUCCUGUGAAUAUGGUAGUGUUUGUAACAUAUGAAGGUGUACUGAGAUUUACAGAUCAUUAUAUAAACAAAAAAUAGCUUGUUCCACUCUG